GUGGGACUUGGCACCUCCACGGUUGGACCCGCCAUACAAUUUGGCCGCUGCGCAGCACCGGCAGAAGAGUCUAGUCUGUGUACAGGAUGGAUCCGCAGCCCCUGCUGCUGCCGAUCCUCAAUCGCAGAGAUGCCGAAUCCAAGACGGCUGCGACGUUUGAGGCGGCCACAAAUCCAAGUAGAGGCACGUCGGGUGGUUUGAUUUUGCCCGUCCCAAAACGUGGUCAGUCUGGAGAAUCGAGGAGGCCCGAAGUAGCUCCUUCAGAUGAUCUUGGGAACUCUCGGCUGUCGCCUUCGAACUCUCAGAACUUUGUCGCGGUGAAUAUUGCGCCAUCGCCCAGCAGUGACACGUCCAAGACACACGUGGCGCUCUCGGUAGCGUCCACGCCCACCAACGCCGUGCAGGAGACUGAAGCCGACUUCCUCUCGGCGAAGUCACAGCAUGUGAAUGGCUACAUCACAAUCCAGGACGAUGGUUGCGAAGGACCUGGUUCGGACAGCGAAGGACGUGGUGUCCGUAAUCUCUGGAUUGGUGCUCCCCACUGUGAGCACAAAUUCAAGGAGUAUGGCCAAAUUCAAGUGUGGGCACCCCGAAGUGUUCACCCAGCUAUGAGGAGCACUGCGCCUCACCCACAGCCACAGGGACCCCCAGCUCCGAGGGCGAGGAGAACUUUUGGAAGUGCUUGGUGGGCUCGAGCCCCGAGCAUCGCCGAUUCGGGGUCAUGAGUCAUGUGGGCACCAACAGCUCAACUCCAACUGGAACACCAUCAAGGCAGCUCUGAGGAUGAGGACAGGGGCGACAGGAAAACUGCAGUUGGAGCGGCCAGUUUCGCAGAAGGUUGUGCAAGUUGCGAAGGACGUGUUUGGAGCUUUUUGGAGGUGUUUGGCUCUGCCACCGGGCCAGUUCUUCGUUUUUGAGGUCGACCGACCCUGCACCGCGGUUGCUAAAGAGAGGG